AGCCCGCUAGGUUCAGUCAGAUCCCUGCGAUGGUGAACCGAGAAAGAAACACUUCACCAUGGCCGCCUUAAGCAUCCACAUCUUCAUACUCUUUUUGUGCAUCUUGUUGGUUUUGAAGCUCUGUGGAUUCAGGAAAAGGCAACAGGAUGAACCUCCGCUAAUGAACGGCUGGAUCCCCUUUCUUGGCGUUGCGCUGGAAUACGGGAAAAACCCCCUGGAAUUUUUGAGGUCGAUCCAGAGGGAAUACGGAGACAUUUUCACUUGUAAAAUAGCCGGGAAAUACUUCACCUUUGUGACGGAUCCUUUCUCCUAUAGCGCGGUGUUUCGCCAGGGAAGGAAUCUUGACUUCCAAAAGUUUGCAAUGGGAUUCUCCCAGAAGGUGUUCGGCCAUGCCGACUUCAACGCCCCCAUGUACAGUGGGAGCUACAGGGACAUCCACCCCAUUUUCCGACAAACGCUGCAAGGGCCUGUCCUCCAGCAGCUCAUCUCCACCAUGAUGGAGAACAUCCAGAUGGUGAUUCGCAGGGACGACAGCUUCAACUGGGUCACCGAGGGCCUGCAACGCUUCGUGGACCGGAUCAUGUUCGAGGCUGGGUACCUGACUCUCUUCGGCAAAGAGGAUGAGGCGUUGGUGACUGGCGGCGGUGGCUGUGGCGCCCCCCAGUGGCUGUCCAUGAGACAGGCCAUGGAGGACUUCCAUGCCUUUGACAAGGCCUUGCCCGAGAUGGUGGCCGGACUCCCCAUACACUUACACUUGAAGGCUUUUCGAGCCCGCGAGGCACUGGCCCAGAAGCUCCACCACCGACAUCUGAAGAGGAACAAGUGCUUAUCGGCUCUCAUCGAGAGGAGGAUUCAGGCUUUUGAUAAAAUGGAGGAGCUCGACGAGAAUGGCAAAGCCAAGACACACUUAUGCAUCCUGUGGGCUUCCCAAGCCAACACCUUACCUGCAACCUUCUGGAGCCUGUACUACAUGCUAAGGUCUCCAGAUGCCAUGAGGGCUGCUCAGGCUGAGGUGGACCGAGUGUUGAGGGAGUCCGGCCACACGCCAGAACACCUGGACAAACCGGUGGUCCUUUCUAAAGACCAGCUAGACAGCAUGUCUGUGCUGGGGAGCAUCAUAGAGGAAGCCCUCCGGCUCUCAAGUGCUUCCAUAAUGAUCCGCGUCGCCAACGAGAACUUCACCUUGACGCUUGAUUCCAGCAAGAUGGUUGCCAUCCGCAAAGGGGACCACAUUGCCAUGUUCCCACAGAUGAUGCACAUGGACCCAGAGAUCUACGAGAAUCCCACGGAAUUCAAGUUCGACAGAUUCCUGGAUGAGAAUGGGCAGAGGAAGACAGAUUUCUACAAGAACGGGAGGAAGCUGCGGCAUUUCCUCCUGCCCUUUGGGUCCGGGGUCAGUGAGUGCCCCGGUCGCUUCUUUGCCGUAAAUGAGAUCAAGCAGUUUCUCACGUUGACUCUCUGCUACUAUGACAUGGAGCUACAAGACCCUACAAUGCCUCCUUUGACCACAGACUGCACCAGGGCAGGUCUGGGCAUCUUGCCACCCAAGCAAGAUAUUUCCCUUAGAUACAGACUCAGACGAUGGGUCCCGACACAUCUGUAAGCUCCACGUUAGCUGGUGCACUUAUAUCAUCAACUGGUGAAGCCUUGCUAACUCGUAAUCGCUAACACAUUCAACUAAAAUUUACAUUUUGAACACCAUAAUGUGACUUAGCAACUGUGAAUUGGAAUUUCAGGUAGAGGUGUGGGAUUAUGUAAAUGUAUUUUUUGGGAUAGUCAUUUUUGGACGCCUGGAUUACUUUGCAACCUGUGAAGUCUCUUGAUGAGCCUCUGAGUCUGAUCAUUUCCCAGCAAAACAAGAGUGCAUUUGCAGGAAAAAUACUGAGGUGUUGUGCUACUGAAGUGACUCUUCAUAAGAAGUGGCUGAUUAUAUACUGGGGAUCCAUACAGGGGCGGGGCAACAUUGGAACUCACCACAGCUGACAGCUGAUUGGCCCUCAGAAUGCCAUCUCCCCUGUCAAUCAUCGAUUGAAAACAUAUCAUUGGCUAAUGAUAGCCUGUCUUUGAACGUCCCUAUAGUAGCAUUGGAGCACGAUGGGAAAACAGACAGCUACUUUGAGAGCGUGCUACACCAUUUCCCCAUUUUUAUUGUUUGAAUGUGUUUUAAGACGUUUUUACCAUGUCUGAAAGUGAUGGGGGAGACAACCUAAUAAAAUGUAUAAUAGGAUGCUAUUGUGCUUUCCGUUCCUUAGGGUACGGUAUAUUAAGCUUAAAUUUUUAAGCAGUGGCAUCUGAUUUAUCUCUGUGCCCAACAGGCUUUGAUAUUAGUCAUGUAAAGAACAAUGCAGUUUGUUAAUAAAUUUGUUCCUUGACUGGAA